AUGGCGCUCCGAGUGUUCGCGUCGAGAUGUGCGCGCGGCGCGGCGCGCGUCUCGAGCGCGCGCGCGUUCGCGACGUCGCCGUCAACGACGGCGGACGAACCGCCGACGACAGCGGACGAAGCGUCGACGUCGUCGACGCAUCGCGGCGAAGCGAAGACGGCGAGCUUCGGUUACGUCGAAGUCGACGCUCGGGAGAAGGAAUCGCUCGUCAGGGGGGUGUUCGAGCGCGUGGCGCCGUCGUACGACGUGAUGAAUGAUUUGAUGUCCGCGGGCGUGCACAGGCUGUGGAAGGAUUACUUUGUGAGUAAAGUUGGCGUGUUCGCGGGGAUGACGCACUUGGACGUCGCGGGAGGGACUGGGGACAUCGCGUUUCGCGUGCUGCGAGCGCUGCAGAGAGUUGAGCGCGAGGCUGAGCUCGAUGGCCAGGUUUUGGAUGCGAAUACGCGAGGUAAAGUCGUGGUGAGCGACAUCAACCCGGCGAUGUUGCGCGAGGGGAUGAAACGAGCCACGCAGCGUGGGUUGAAUCAAGAGCAAUUAACCUGGCUGGAGGGCAACGCGGAAAAAUUGCCCGUCGAGGACGAGUCCGUCGAUGUGUACACGAUCGCGUUCGGGUUGAGAAACGUAACGGAUACGAGGGCGGCGAUCGCAGACGCCUACCGAUGUCUGAAACCCGGAGGAAAGUACAUGAUUUUGGAGUUCAGUCACGUCGAGAACGAAAUUCUUAAGCAAGUGUAUGACUUUUAUAGCUUCAACGUGAUUCCAAAGCUCGGUGAGCUAGUCGCACGCGAUAGAGGAUCAUAUCAGUACUUGGUGGAAAGCAUCAGGAAGUUUCCACCACAGGAAAAGUUGAAAUCCAUGAUGCGAGACGUCGGCUUUAAGCACGUGAGUCAUGAAAACUUGACCGGAGGUAUGGUGGCCGUACACACCGGCUACAAGACCAAGGAUCGAAUUUAG